CGGGCCGCGGCGGCGGCGGCGGCAGCGGCGGCGGCUACCGAACCGCUGCCAGAGUCUGCAACAGUAACCGAGCCAUGGCUCGAGCUGGUGAGCGGCGCGGGCAGGCAGCAGCCUUGGCAGGCGCGCGGGCCGCGGCGGGGGAGCCGGGGGCCUCACAAUUUUAAGAAAGAGAGGGGCGAGAGGUGGCGGGAGCGGGCUGGCUGGGGCACUGCGCUCUCCCAACGGCGCGGAUCCUUUUUUGGAAAUUAAUAUUAAAAAAAAAAAAGGCCGAGGACGCAGAAGGGAAGGUGGGGGGUAAGAGGGAAGGCGAGACACACACACACGCGCGCGCACACACACACUCACUCACACACACACACUCACACACACACACACACGGAGAGAGAGACAGAGCCCCACAGUGAGAGGAAGGGAGGCAACAGUCGCCAGCAGCCGAUGUGAAGACCGGACUCCGUGCGCCCCUCGCCGCCUCUGCCUGGCCACAUCGAUGUUGUGUCCGCCGCCCGCUCGCCGGGAUCACGAUGAACGCGCAGCUGACCAUGGAGGCGAUCGGCGAGCUGCACGGGGUGAGCCAUGAGCCGGUGCCCGCCCCUGCCGACCUGCUGGGCGGCAGCCCCCACGCGCGCAGCUCCGUGGCGCACCGCGGCAGCCACCUGCCCCCCGCGCACCCGCGCUCCAUGGGCAUGGCGUCCCUGCUGGACGGUGGUAGCGGAGGCGGCGAUUACCACCACCACCACCGGGCCCCCGAGCACAGCCUGGCCGGCCCCCUGCACCCCACCAUGACCAUGGCCUGCGAGACUCCCCCAGGUAUGAGCAUGCCCACCACCUACACCACCUUGACCCCUCUGCAGCCGCUGCCGCCCAUCUCCACAGUCUCGGACAAGUUCCCCCACCAUCACCACCACCACCAUCACCACCACCACCCGCACCACCACCAGCGCCUGGCGGGCAACGUGAGCGGUAGCUUCACGCUCAUGCGGGAUGAGCGCGGGCUGGCCUCCAUGAAUAACCUCUAUACCCCCUACCACAAGGACGUGGCCGGCAUGGGCCAGAGCCUCUCGCCCCUCUCCAGCUCCGGUCUGGGCAGCAUUCACAACUCCCAGCAAGGGCUCCCCCACUAUGCCCACCCGGGCGCCGCCAUGCCCACCGACAAGAUGCUCACCCCCAACGGCUUCGAAGCCCACCACCCGGCCAUGCUCGGCCGCCACGGGGAGCAGCACCUCACGCCCACCUCGGCCGGCAUGGUGCCCAUCAACGGCCUUCCUCCGCACCAUCCCCACGCCCACCUGAAUGCCCAGGGCCACGGGCAGCUCCUGGGCACAGCCCGGGAGCCCAACCCUUCGGUGACCAGCGCGCAGGUCAGCAAUGGAAGUAAUUCAGGGCAGAUGGAAGAGAUCAAUACCAAAGAGGUGGCGCAGCGUAUCACCACCGAGCUCAAGCGCUACAGCAUCCCGCAGGCCAUCUUCGCUCAGAGGGUGCUCUGCCGCUCCCAGGGGACCCUCUCGGACCUGCUGCGCAACCCCAAACCCUGGAGCAAACUCAAAUCCGGCCGAGAGACCUUCCGGAGAAUGUGGAAGUGGCUGCAGGAGCCGGAGUUCCAGCGCAUGUCCGCGCUCCGCUUAGCAGGCUGGAGUGCAAUGGCGCGUCUCGGCUCACCACAACGUCCGCCUCCUGGGUUCUGGCAAUUCUCCUGCCUCAGCCUCCCGAGUAGCUGGGAUUACAGGUACGCGCCACCAUGGAAUUGUGUUCUGAUCUGCACUUGGUCAGCAGUUACAGUUCUUGGCUCCACGUCAGUCAGUGCCUGCCUUGCUAUUUCAAAGCUUGUCUGUAACUCAUGUUUUAGGGCUCUGCACUAAAAAAUAAUAAAUUGACCAAAAUUCUGUAUAUAGGCUGGCAGUUGUCUAAAGGGCAUCUUGCAAUUUCUUUCAAACACUGCAUGUUUCCAGUCACCAUGUGUAUCUCAUCUUCCUUUGCCUAUGCCACGGGGUACUCAAAAUCUACGGUUUCUGAAAUCACUGCUUUCGUUUUCACAUCUGGUGAUGAUCUCAUAGUCCCAAAGAGAGGUUAUCGAAGGCACACAAUAAACCAUGUGCUUUUUGCUUUCUUUCCUGUUGUCUUCUAAAACAGAUCAAUGGGGAAAAUUAAAUAAACAAACGAGCGAAGCGCGCCACCUAGUGACCUCUGUGCUCGCUGCAGAUUCUGCGACUGGAGUGCGUGAGAGGAGUGGCUAACGCAAUUCGAGUAUUGAUGGAGUCACAAAAAUCGUUCAUUAAGGCAAUUUAAUCUUUGCUAUUAAAUGUCCUUUCAAUUCAUUUGGGGUAAUUAAGAUGCAGUUAAAGUGAUUAAAUUCUAAUUACUUAUGCUAGACAAAGACAUAUUUGUCACACUAAUGCGGUUAACUAAGGACUCAGAAAGAAAGUUAACAUUUACUUCAAAUGAUGCAACUGGAAAAAUCAGUUCCUCUUUUCAUCAUUAAUCCAGUGAGUUGGGUGAUUAUGUAAUAGCACUACCAGCUCAUUAAAAGGGGAAGUGCUGAUUAAAAUGACUGCUAGGAGGAAAACUGGAACCAAACGUACCUCAGUACUGUUUGGUCAGCAUUCCUGCUCAAAAUUACCUGGUGUUCUUUCCCUCCAAGCCCCCCACCCCAGAGUAAUAAAAAGCUCCUGGGUUUUAUCCUGACAUUAAAAAGGGCUGCCUCAUAGAAAGCUUUCAUCAUCUGCCUGUAGACGUUGUUAAACCAAAAGAUAUCUUUAAAUGGUCAAAGGGGACUUGGUGUAGAGAGGACCAGACAGAUGGGAAGGGGUAGGGAGGAAGAGAAUUACUGAAGGACACAGCUCCAGAAGGAAAAUUUCCACAAUAGGUUUCGAAAGCCCCCUUUCUUCACACCAACACCCAUCCUGUUAGGAAGCACUCCUCCUCCUCCCAGCUCCAUAUUUGCUGUCUAAUGGAUGCAGACAGAUGCCUCUGCCUAGACUUUUCCACAUUCGGGUAUUGUGCACUCUCUGAAGAGCGCUAAGUACCUCUGCUGCAGAUUGGUCUCUUCUUGGCGUUUUUCCACAUUCACGUGUGGAUUAGAAACCAACAAGUUACUGGGCCUACUUUGCCAUAAUCUCCACAGAUCAUUCCCAGAAUAUUAGUAUAGCCUAAUUAUGAGUGCUCCUAAGAGGAAGAUGAUUUUGAACUUAAUGAACUUUACAUUUUCAUUACUCACAAAAAUGGCUUUUUAAAGAGGUACCUAGUAUUUGCCUGGUGGGGUAUGUAGAAUGAUCCAAGGACAAGAAUGAUCAAUCAGAUAACUGGGGACUGUUUUCCCCCCAUGAGACCAGUGUCUCAGUAUAGUUAAAUUUGCAUAUUGAAACUAUAAUUGUGGUUUCUUUAUCCCAUCGAAUAAUAUCGCUCCUGUUUACUUCAUAACCAAAUAAAUGAAAGUUAUCAAAUUUAUGUCACUUAAGCACCUUUUAAAAAUAAACUGGUCAGCCAGGUACCAUGGCUCACACCUGAAAUCCCAAUACUUUGGGAGGCCAAGGCAGGUAGAUCACAAGGUCAGGAGAUUGAGAUCAUCCUGGCCAAAAAGGUGAAACCCCAUCUCUUCUAAAAAUACAAAAAUUAGCCAGGCGUAGUGGUGUGCGCCUGUAGUCCCAGCUACUCAGGAGGCUGAGGCAGGGGAAUCGCUUGAACCCAGGAGGCAGAGGUUGCAGUGAGCCGAGAUCAUGCCACUGUACUCCAGCCUGGGCAACAGUGAGAUUCUGUCUCAAUCAAUCAAUCGAUAAAAAUAAACUGGUCAGUUAUUUGAAUAUUAGAGUCACUAUUAAUGUAAUGGAUCAUAUUACACCAUCUUCAGUUACAAAAGAACAAAAAUGAAAGAAACCUUCUCUGGAUUAAGAAUCAAGUGCCCCAGAAAAAGGUUCCUACAGUAUUAACCUCUGGGCCUCAGUCUCAAUAAAUGUAGAAUGAAGGAUUUGGCUUUAGGGUCCCCUCCAGGUGCCACAGUCUAUGAUUGAUUGCCUUCUAUGAUGACUGUGUAUCUAUCCAUGGGGAAGUUUUGUUGGAGCCCUACUCUCUUCUAAGUUUAGUGCUGUGUCCGCAGUUCAGGACUUAACAAUGUGUAAGGCCCAGGGGGCCAAUUUCUUGUCAGGUGGCCAGAAGGAAAUAGCCUAUCCACGCAGGAGCUGUACCUUCUGGCCCCAGAGUGCUGCAGCUUGAGAUUCUAUUGCUUGUGUUCUAGCAAGACAAGCUGUUGGCAAGGAUUAUGUGUCACUAGGAACUCUUAUCCACUGCUGGUGGAAAGGAAAAUAAAUUGGCACCUUUACUACAAAAAACACAGAAAAGAUGCCAAUGACUUGGCAUCAUCGUAUCAACCUGGACCUGCAUAUAUCUAGCAAUUCCACUCUUUGGCAUGUAUUAUAGGAAAAUUUAUAAAUGCUCCUAGGGACAUGCAAAGACUGUUCAUGGCAGCAUUGUUCCUAAGACACACACACACACACAGAGAGAGAAAAAGCCGAAACGUUCACCGACAAGGAAUGCAUAAGUUAAUUGUGAUUUAUAAAAACAAUUUUUUAAAAUGAGUAAUAAACAUAAAUUUAGAAGAGUAGUUACCUCUGAUAGGGGAAGACAGGGAGAUGAGUCGAGAACACCCUGUAGCUUCACCAGGCAACUAAUGUUCUAGUUCUUUUAUCGGGUGGUGGGCUCAUAGCUGUUCAUUUUGUUACUGUGCUUCAUAUCUUACACAUAUGAUACAUAGUGUUUGGUUGGCAGUAAUUAUUUAUUUUUAACAUUGUGGAGGAGGAAACAUUGCUUUUGUCUGAUUCCCCAACCCAAGCAAUUCGAACCAAACAAACCUCAAGAUGUAUUGUCAUUUAAGCAGGUCCUAGCUCCAUACUAAAUGUCAGUUCAUAGGAAUUAUAUUCAGCCAAUUGAGAACAGGAGAAUCAAAUAAGUGAAAGAGGGAACUUCAUUAAAUACGGAAAGAAUAGUUCAUUUUUUUACUCAUUUCUGCACCUGCUAUAGCAAGUUCCAUGCUUAGGACUGGGAAUGGUAUGUACAACACACUUUUUCUUUGAAACUCACAGUCUAGCAGCAAGAAAACAAAUAGCUGUUUACAUGUUUCAUGAGCACGUGUGUGUGUGUGUGCGCGUGCGCGCGUUUCAGGAAGGAGAAGUUUAAGGUGUGAUGAAGGGACCAUUUCGAAGAUCUGGAGGAUGAGGAGGACUUGGGACAGAAAUGGAGGAAGAGGCUUCCAGGCAGAGGGAACAACAGCGUGUGUGGAGGCCCUGGCUAAACUCCUUUUGCAGAAGAGUUCGUAGACUGGAAUUACCAUGAAGCUAAAAUCUUGUUCCUUCCCCAGCACGUCUGAGUGACACAAUACAUUGCCAUCAGUUACAAAAGCAUUCUCCAAAGCUGUUUUAUUCAGUGGUGGGAGCCAUGGACUGAGGGUUUCCUAUUACUCUAGAAGAGCAAAUCAGAUUGGAGCGAGAGAAGGGGAAGAACGUGUGCAGCUUAAACAGCUUCCUAGCUGAUCCUAAUGUGAAUUCACGUGGCAAGUUAGAAUAAUGGUGUUGAGAAUUUAAGGGCGGAUGACUCUUAUUUUUACUCCCUUAUUUAUUUUAACCUUAUUUCUGGAAUGACCUAUAGAUCCGUAACUAACUCUGUAUAACUCUGUGUUUGUGUGUGUUUAUAAAAUCUGUUAACUUCUUUUGAUAUUUUUGAAAUCAAAAGUUCACUCAAAACGUCAAGAUCCUUAGAGGAAUCAUUGAUUCAACAUGCUCCUCCAUCUAAAAACGUUAUUAAUGUUCUAUAGGCCCUCACUGCUCAAAGUGUGGCUCCCUGAACAGCAGUAUUGACCUCAACUGGGAACUUCUAAGAACUGUAGACCUUCAGGUUCCACCCCAGACCUACUGGACCUGAAACUGCAUUUCAACAAGAUCCCCAGGAAAUGCUUGUGUCCCUUAAAGUUUGAGAAGCACCACUGAUGGCCAUGAUAUAUCACUCAAAAGUUCCAUUUUUCUGUAUUUGCCCAAACGCUAAUCAAGUGCCUCCCGUGUGCCAGGCACUAGGCUGCGUAUGAAGGCAUGAAAGAGGAAUGAGGUGUCUAUCGUAUCCUGGGGGAGCUCACAGGGAGGAAGCAUGCAGGAAAAUAAAUACUGACAACAUCUCUGAUCUGGGUAGGAACAAAGUUCUGUGGGAGCAGGCAGGGAAACUGGAAAUAAAACUGAAAGGAGAUGACAAAGGAUUUGGUGUGUUUGUGCAGCCCAGAGGAAGUUGUGACCUGUCAAGGUGUGAAAUGGUCCGAUUUGUGCUUUUGAAAGCAUGCUGGAGUGGGAGAUAAUGGGAGGCGAAGUCACAGGGGACUAGCUAGAAGUGGCGAUAGAUUCUGAGAGUCUGAUUGUGUGUCAUUGUCAGCAAAGGUGGAGAAAAUGGGUGGGAAAAUUUGAGAGCUAUUUCUAACGUUGAGUAGACAUGGUGGAGAGUGAAAAUGGAAACAGGACUGGCUCCUUCCUUCUGGCAUGGGAAGCUGGGGGCUUGGCUAUACCUUUAACCACAGAGUGGCUAUGUGGAUGUCAAUAUAAAGAUGGAAUGUUUCAGGAUAGCCCACCCUCUCGAAUGCAUUCCUACAGUAGGUGGGCUUUCUGGCUUCUGUACAGAUUUGAGGUAACCAAUCAGGUAGAUUUUUUCUGCCUCAUGGGAAACUGUCACUUACUGGCAGAGACAUGUUGUAAGCACGAUGCUAAGGAGGUGAAGACUGUGUGUCCUUUGGGUCCAGGUUUCACUUCCCAGUGUUGGUGGGGAGUGAUGGUUACUUACAUUCAGCCAGCCACUUCCCUGGGUACAAGGAGCCUGAAGAACCAGGGGAAGGGGUUAGCCCAAAUCCAUCUCUGCCGUUAGAGAAACAAAAGUAAGUCCCCAAUAAUGGUAGCCCAAGAGCUAUCUAUAAACAAAGAAAACAGCAGAGGAGACAGAAGCACAGACAUGUGGGUGGGGCAGACAAGUGUUGGAAAGUCCUGUUCUAAGUUACUUACAAAUCUCUCUGAGAUGGAAAUUAAGCAGUUUAAAGGAAAACAUAUUUUCAUAGGAAAACAAAUUUUGCUUUCCUCCAAUGUUGGUGUUUUCACAGUUGUUCCAUGAGCAGCAGAUUUUUUGAAAGAAUUGUUUUUAAUUAAUAAAUAUUUUGAACAUAUACUAUAUGCACCACUUUUUUUUAAAAGUUGGACAGCAUAAAAAGAUAUACAGAAAAAAAAAACAAGUUUUCCUCCCAACUGUGAUCCCUGGUUUUCUAGUCCCCGAGUCCCUAUCCCUUAGAAGAAAUCCCUUUUACCAGUUUCUUGUAUAUUCUUAAGAAAUGGCCCCUGGCUUUUCUCGUGUGUGUGUGUGUGUGUGUGUGUGUGUGUGUGCGCUCGCACGCGCCUCUCUUAAAAUAAUCAAGGGCCUCUCCCAUAUCCCAAAAGAUCACUUUCUAGGAAAAGUACUAAAUGGCUCUUUCUUCUUCUAAUUCUUUUGCCUGAAAAUUGCCUCCCUAGAAGGUACUGCCCAGUGCGAUUAUCUGAGUACUAAAAUUUAAAAAAAAGUAGCACAGGGUGACCACCCUCCUCCUAGGUUGAAAAUGAUCCCAAGUGUUUCAGGGGUGGUCCCCUUAUUCUAGUUCUUAUUUGUUUGUUUGUUUGUUUGUUUAUGAGACAGUCAUGCUCUGUCACCCAGGCUGGAGUGCAAUGGUGCAAUCUCUAAUUAUUACAACCUCCACCCACUGGGUUCAAGUGAUUCUCCUGCCUCAGCCUCCUGAGUAGCUGGGAUUACAGGUCUGUGCCACCUCGCCAGGCUACUUUGUAUUUUAGUAGAGAUGGAGUUUCACUAUGUUGGCCAGGCUGGUCCCAAACUCCUGACCUCAGGUGAUCUGCCCACCUUGGCCUCUUAUUCUACCUCUUUUAUGAAAGACAAUUCAAUGUGUGAAAGAUGUUCAAAAUGCGAGCUUCUAAAACAUUCUACCAUAGUUUCUUCUUUUAUAGCAAUAACUGUACUCAGACACAACUACAGUAUCAUUUUAGAGCACUGCCUUCAACACAAGCGUGGUGAUUUUUUUCCAAAAAGUUAAUUAUCAUACUGCAUAUAUAUACUUUUCUGAUCCUGUUUUUGUCAUGACAUAGCCUUAGUAAAUUUUUUUUAACAUUUACUAGAUACUUACCAUGUUUAAGUCCUUGUAUCUUAUUUCAUAAUUUAUUUUUUAAUUCCAACGGCUUUUUAAAAAGUAACUUUUGGCUGGGCAUGGUGACUCACUCCUUUAAUCCCAGCACUUUGGGAGGCCAAGGUGGGUGAAUCACCUGAGAUAAGGAUUUCAAGACCAGCCUGGGUAACAUGGUGAAACUCUGUCUCUACUAAAAAUGUAAAAUUAGCUGGGAAUGGUGGUGCAUGCCAGUAGUCCCAGCCAUUUGGGAGGCUGAGGCAGGAGAAUCACUUGAAUCUUGGAGGCGGAGGUUGCAGUGAGCCAAGAUCAUACCAUUGUACUCCAGCCUGGGCAACAAGAGAGAAACUCCAUCUCAAAAAAUUAAAUAAGUAACUUCAUUUCUUGUUGUAAAAUAAUUAUAUACAUCCUUUGAGCUGGAGCUGCAGGGUAAAAUACUAACAAAAAAAAUACAGGAAUCACCCACAGCACCCCACACAGAUAACCGUGUGUGUGUGUGUGUGUGUGUGUCCUUCCCAUCUUUCCCUACGAGAUGGUACAUACCAUUUUGUUACUUUUUAAAUUUAAAAAAUCCCAUGUUAUUAAAUUUAUGGUGGAGUUUUUGAAAAUACAUAAGAGAAUAAUGGAGACAAUUAGAAAUCUCUGGUAACUCCAUCAUCCCUUUCCCAAAUACAUCAUGAAUAGCAUUCAUUUAUUUAACAUAUAUACAUGGAGAGGUGAUAUUUGCAAGAUGGCAGAGGAAGAGGCAAAUGCUAUCCCUUUGUUCCUUGAUCACUCUAGACUAGAAAAUCUUCUACAGAUCUUCUGUUUCACAGCUAUGCUAUGCUAUAAUUUCUUUAACCGUUCCCCUAUUUUUAGGCACUUAACUUGGUCCAUAAGUUGGUUUGGAAUCAAAUUUUUUUGAUUUUAUAGAAAUAUCUUCUUUACAUAAUCUUUCCAACAACCUUUCCUAUCAUGGGACAUUUCAGUUGUUUUCAGGGGUUUUUCAUUUUGUUUUUGCUAUUAUUAAUUAAUGGCAUUGCAGUCAGCAACACUAUACAUGAAACUCUACAGACUAGUUGUUUACCUCUUUCAAAAAUAAUUUUUCUCAAAUUAUUAUUUGAGAAAUUAUUUCUCAAAUUGUUAAAGUAAUACAUUCUCCAUGUAGAAACUGUGGAAACUAUGAAACAUUGUAAACAAUAAAACAGAAUCAAAAUACCCGUAAUCCCACAACCCAGAGAUAAUAGUUAUUCAUAUAUUGGUUUGUUUCCUUCUAGCUUUUUAAAAGUACACAUAUAAAAACAUUUAAAAUUUUUAUUUUUCACAAAAUUGAAAAAGGGAAUUUUUUUUUUUUUUGAGACGGAAUUUUGCUCUUGUUACCCAGACUGGAGUGCAAUGGCGCGAUCUCGGCUCACCACAACCUCCCCCUCCUGGGUUCAGGCAAUUCUGCUGCCUCAGCCUCCCGAGUAGCUGGGAUUACAGGCACGCGCCACCAUGCCCAGCUAAUUUUUUGUAUUUUUAGUAGAGACGGGGUUUCACCAUGUUGACCAGGAUGGUCUCGAUCUCUUGACCUCGUGAUCCACACGCCUCGGCCUCCCAAAGUGCUGGGAUUACAGGCUUGAGCCACCGCACCCGGCGCAAAAAAAAAAAAAAAGGAAUUUACAAUAAACCUAGCUCAAUGUCAUUAAACAUUCAAAAACAUGAUGUUUCACAUUUUUAUUUGGUAACGAUGCCAAGUUUAUAAAAGUUGCAAAACUAAAAUCCUACAGAAAGCGUCAGUAUUCCCUUUACCCCACUGUCAACAUUGAGCAACCGACCAGUCGUUAACAUUUUACCCACUGGCUUUGUCGUUUGCGCAUGCGCUCUUGCCUUCAUUCACACACAGACUUUCUUCACGGAACGACUUGAGGAUAAGUUACAUACAUCAUGGCCCCUUAGCCCUAAAUACUUGAGUAUAUUUCCUUAGAAUAGGGGUAGUCUCUUAGAUAGCCACAGUUCAGUUUUUUGAGUUGAUCCAGUCACGGCCUUUCCAGCAUUGUUUCCUCCAAUACAGGAUUCAGUGUUGGGUUUGGUUGUCAUAUCUCUUUUACAGCUUUUAAUAUAAAACAUUUCCACAAUCUUUGUCUUUUGCAAUAUUGGCAUGCUCUCUUUUAAAAUAAGAUUGUUCUAAUUUCAGGUUUACCUGACGUUUCCUCGAGAUUAGUUGGAGGUUGUGCUUUCUUACCCAGAAAGCGGGAUAGGUCACAGUGUCGUUUUUUCAGGGGAUGGCAUCUGAAAGCCCUGUCUGUCCCUCACUUAACUGGUGAGUUCAUUUGGAUCACUCAGUCAAAGGGAUCAAGGUGUUGUCUGAUUUCUGUGCUGUAUAAUCACUGUUUUAUUUUCUUCCUUACAACUAAUAAGCAGGCUAUGGGGAAAUGCUUUCAGAUCAUGCAAAUAUCCUACCCCUCAUCAGAAUUCCCCAUGGAUUUAGCUUCUAUUGAUUCUUGCCUGAUCUAAUCUUUGUCAUCAUGGUUUUAAGAUGAUUUUCCCUCUCUAGCACCCUGCCAUGUUUACCAGUCAGCCUUUAGCUUUCUACAGUCAACAAGAGCCUUCCUUCCCUCUCAUUCUGCAUUUAUUAUUGGAGUGGACUCAGGCAUUCCUUUUUUUUUUCUAGUGGUUUACAAUUCAUUACUGUACUUAACUAUUUUGAUGCUCAAAUUCUCCCAGAUUUGACUGAUGAGAACCCUUUCUUUCUGACUCCUGUGUCCCUGUGACAUGCUCAUGUUUUUCUUUUUCUUUUUCUUUUUUUUUUUACUUUCUGUCAUCAGAUGUUCUACACUCAUUUGGUACAUAUUCUGCCCUAGUCCAAGAAUGUGUCACUUCUUUGAUAAGCCCUGGUUUAUCCUGGUUUAUCAAACAAUGUUAGAGUCCACCUGGGCACUAAGUGUGCUCACAGCUAUUAGGGUGACUUUGGUUGUCUACCCUCUCAAAGUCAGGAAACAGAUACAUAUACAUUUAUUUACACACACAUACAAAUAUGUAUAUACACAUUCAUACAUAC